AUGAGGGAGCUGAACCACAGAUCGGUGCUGUCCAACAGAGCUAGUUUCAUAAUAUCGCAGACGGUGUACGACCGACGGGCGCUCGACAACGUUGCAGACCUCCCGCUCAUCAACUCGUUGAACCACUUGACGUUCCUGACCUCGAGCUCGGCCAAGGUGCGGGAGACGAUGUCGGAGGACGGGGCGCUAGAGCGGUUGGUGUCGAUUUUGCAUGACUGCUACUUGACGCUCCACGACUUGUGCAUCGGGUUGCACGUCGGGUUCCGGAUGGGCACGGUGGACUCAAUCGUGCGGCAGCGCAAGAUGGCGAUGGUGGCUUGGAAAUGGACGUUGGCGUUCCAGUGCCUCGUGCUCACGGGCACGCGAGGGACACAGGAGAUACGCAAGCAGGUGGCGCACAGCGGCGUCAUCCCGAUCAUCGCGACCGUGCUCGAUAACUACAUGAUCUACCACAAGAACUUCGAUUUCUUCCGCGACGAGCCGAUCGAGUUCGACUUCAAGUCGAUUGCCAGCGGGAACAUCUUCCAGCUCCAGCCGGAGGAGAUGGAGAGCUUUUUCCAGAAGAUGGACAAAUCGCACCCCAACUUGCGGCUAUGCAUCAACAUGGAGCGCUUCAAGAUCCUCGUGGGCGAGGACAUCCCCAGCCUCCUGGACGACCCUGCGAAGGUGAACAUGCACAACUGCGUGCCGCCCAUCACACGGCUCGAUACCGACUUCCAAUCUUUGUGGGAGGGGACGCUAGGCUUAAAGAGCGACGAGCAUCCUUUGUCGGACGUUGUGCUCUCAAUUCCGAGAGAGUUUUUUUUGGGACGGGUGAUUCCGAAACUCGACGACAUUACCUGGUCGGUCCAGUUGUUGGCGUUUUUGACCAAAUGCACCGCGACGAAGCCGUACUUGCAGAAGGUGUCGUUGGUGGAGUCGAUCUCCUUUCGUCCGAUCUUGGAGCGGGCCAAGGAGCGCUAUACGCUUUUGAGCAACUCGUUACCCCCUUUGAACUUCACCGAUCUGUCGCUGGUAGAUGACGAUGACCAACGCACUAGUAGCAGCAAACCAAAAGUACCAAUUGUUAUAGAUCCAUUUCUCAUGGAGAUUAACGCUAUAUGCGAGGAAAGCAAUAACAAGAAGCAAGCCAAGAAGUCUGUUAACUUCUCUAUGCUAGGGUUGACUGAUUUUACCAAACUCAAAAAAGCCGAUACUACAGAUGUCUGGAGAGCGUUUAGGAUGUACGACGAAGUACAAAUGAAAAAGAGAUUUAGUUAUAAAUGGGAUUAUGAUAAAGUGUCCAGGGAAUUGGAUGAAGAGACAUGGAAUAAGAUUAUUAAUAGGGAAACUUUGAAUUUAUUUGCAUUAGUGGAAAGAUAUACGGUAAAGAUUGAAAACGAUGCCAAUAUAACCUAUUGGAGUUCUGUCGUUAUGCGCAACUCCUGUCGCAAGCAUGAGGCUACAGGAGUGAGGCAAUGUGCCAACUUCUUCUGUGGUAAAUGGGAAGACCACCCGAAGCAGUUUCCCAAGUGCCGCCGUUGCAAGCGCACAAAAUAUUGCAGUUGUGAGUGUCAACUACAAUCUUGGGCAUAUCAUCGGUACUGGUGCCAUGAUGUUGGCUCUGUCUUCACGGGCACCUCCUCAACGGCAAACACCACUGGGACACAUACGCCAAAUGCUGUCGGUCAGUCGGCUGGAACCACGACCACUACUACCACGGCGGCUACGGAGGUAGAUCAAUCCAUUUUGAUGACAGCAAGGGGUAACGUAGUGGACCCACAAGGAAUUGCCAACCAAUCGGCAGGUGAGUUCGUGGACACUUCGGAAAACCCACCUAUCGGAGGUGCUUAA